CAGCUUAUUAUAACUCAAUUAUAUAUAAUAAACCAUGGUUCAAUCAUCCGUCUUAGGUUUCCCACGUAUCGGUGGUCAAAGAGAAUUAAAGAAAAUUACCGAAGCUUACUGGCAAGGUAAAGCUACUGUUGAAGAAUUGUUAGCAAAGGGUAAGGAAUUAAGAGCCCACAACUGGAAGUUGCAAAAGGAAGCUGGUGUCGAUAUCAUUGCUUCUAACGAUUUCUCCUACUACGAUCAAGUUUUGGAUUUAUCUCUUUUAUUCAAUGCUAUCCCAGAACGUUACACCAAGUAUGACUUGGCCCCAAUUGACGUUUUAUUCGCUAUGGGUAGAGGUUUACAAAGAAAGGCCACUGAAACCACCCAAGCUGUUGAUGUUACCGCUUUGGAAAUGGUUAAAUGGUUUGACUCUAACUACCAUUACGUCAGACCAACUUUCUCCCACUCUACUGAAUUCAAGUUGAACACUGCUGCCGGUGUUAAGCCAGUUGAUGAAUAUUUAGAAGCUAAGGCUUUAGGUGUUGAAACUAGACCAGUUGUUUUAGGUCCAAUCUCCUACCUUUACUUGGGUAAGGCUGACAAGGACUCUUUAGACUUGGAACCAAUUUCUUUAUUGGAAAAGGUUUUGCCAGUUUACAAGCAAUUAUUGGCUCAAUUAAAGGCUGCCGGUGCUAACCAAGUUCAAAUUGAUGAACCAGUCUUGGUUUUGGAUUUACCAGAAGAAGUUCAAGCUAAGUACCAAGCUGCUUACGAAGCUUUAGUUGGUGAUGACUUGCCAGAAUUAGUUUUGACCACCUACUUCGGUGAUGUCAGACCAAACUUGAAGGCCAUUGCUAACUUGCCAGUUGCUGGUUACCAUUUCGAUUUCGUCAGAGCUGCUGAACAAUUUGAUGAAGUUGUUGCCAUUGUUGGUGAAAAGCAAACCUUAUCUGUCGGUAUUGUUGACGGUAGAAACAUUUGGAAGACUGACUUUGCCAAGGCUGCUGCUUUUGUCGAAAAGGCUAUUGCCAAGUUGGGCGCUGACCGUGUUGUCACUGCCACUUCUUCUUCCUUGUUACACACUCCAGUCGACUUAGAAUCUGAAUCCAAGUUGGACCCAGUUAUCAAGGAUUGGUUCUCCUUUGCCACCCAAAAGUUGGCUGAAGUUGUUGCUAUUGCCAAGAAGGUUUCCGGUGACGAUGUUUCUGCUGCUUUUGCUGCUAACGCUGCUUCUAUCAAGGCUAGAUCUGAAUCUUCCAUCACUAACAAUCCAAAGGUUCAAGAAAGAUUAACCACCAUUAACGAAGCUUUAUCCACCAGAAAGGCUGCUUUCCCAGAAAGAUUAGCUGAACAAAAGACCAAGUACAACUUGCCAUUGUUCCCAACCACCACCAUUGGUUCUUUCCCACAAACCAAGGAUAUCAGAAUCAACAGAAACAAGUUUGCCAAGGGUCAAAUUACUGCUGAAGAAUACGAAGCUUUCAUUAACAAGGAAAUGGAAACCGUUAUCAGAUUCCAAGAAGAAAUUGGUUUGGAUGUCUUGGUCCACGGUGAACCAGAAAGAAACGAUAUGGUUCAAUACUUUGGUGAACAAUUAGAUGGUUUUGCCUUCACCACCAACGGUUGGGUUCAAUCUUAUGGUUCCAGAUAUGUUAGACCACCUAUUAUUGUUGGUGAUGUCUCUAGACCAAAGGCCAUGACUGUUAAGGAAUCUGUUUACGCCCAAUCUUUAACCAAGUCUCCAAUGAAGGGUAUGUUGACUGGUCCAGUCACUAUCUUAAGAUGGUCUUUCCCAAGAGAUGAUGUCUCUGGUAAGGUUCAAGCUUUACAAUUAGGUUUAGCUUUACGUGAUGAAGUUCAAGACUUAGAAGCUGCCGGUAUCACUGUUAUCCAAGUUGAUGAACCAGCUAUCAGAGAAGGUUUACCAUUGAGAGCUGGUAAGGAAAGAUCCGACUACUUGAACUGGGCUGCUCAAUCUUUCAGAGUUGCUACUUCUGGUGUCGAAAACUCCACUCAAAUCCACUCCCAUUUCUGUUACUCUGAUUUGGAUCCAAACCAUAUCAAGGCUCUUGAUGCUGAUGUUGUCUCUAUUGAAUUCUCCAAGAAGGAUGACCCUAACUACAUUCAAGAAUUUGCCGAAUAUCCAAACCACAUUGGUUUAGGUUUAUUCGAUAUCCACUCUCCAAGAAUUCCAUCCAAGCAAGAAUUUGUUUCUAGAAUUGAAGAAAUCUUGAAGGUUUACCCAGCCAACAAAUUCUGGGUCAACCCAGAUUGUGGUUUAAAGACUAGAGGUUGGACCGAAGUCAGAGAAUCUUUGACCAACAUGGUUGAAGCUGCUAAGGAAUUCCGUGCCAAGUACUAAUCUUUUUUAGCUUAGUCUAGAAAAGAUGUUUUGCAUUAUUCAAUUCUAUUUGUUGAUGCUGUAUCUGAAGAUCUUUUUUGAUUACAUUUAUUCAACAUUAAUGUAAUUUUAUUACUAAUUUACCAAUUUUUAUUAUUCCUUUUACUUUUGUGAUGAUAUUGAUAUGGGGAAAUGAAAACUUUUUUGUAUUUAACCUUUUUGUAUUUGUUUAUUAUGUUUUGGGAUUUCAACAUCGGUUUAUAUAUAUAUAUAAUUUAAAUAUUAUAUUGAU